AUGGAACCUAUUAUUACUAUUCCUGUUUCUGUUGUUCCGAAAACUCUUGCUUGUAUUAAAGAUUCUGAAAAAAACAUUGUUCAAGCAAUAAGAAAAUAUCAACUUGAAAUUGAGCCUCUCGAUAUUGCUUGUAAAGGAUCAGGUGCUCAUCAUUAUGCUUUUAUGCCACAUGUAGAUUUAAAGGAUUGCAAAGUAAAACUUAAGAGGAUUCUAGAAAUUUGUUGCUUCAGAGAAGGAAAUGAUCCAUAUCAAUUUUUUGUUGCUGCUAUAUGUCCUGAUGCUAUACAUUUAUUUAAAGGAGUUGAUUUUAAAAGAAAUCGAAAAUUUCCAUAUGUUUCAUUAAAAUAUUUAGAUUGUAUGCUUAUGCAUUCAGUUAAAAUUCAUUUAGUUCAUGUUAUAAAAAGUAUUUCUCAGGAAAAUGUUGUUUUUCUUCAAAGUCUUGGUGGAAAAGUUGUUCAAGUAAUCUUGGCGGGAGAAGUUGGAAGGAUUAUUUAUAAUGAGAUUCCUGUUCCAAAAACACAACUUGAAAGGUGUCUUCAAUACCACAGUUCAACGGAUUCAGUAAUUUAUGUUUCUGGAAAAGAAACUAUUAAUAUUAUGAAGAUUCGUGAAGACAAACCAAAUUUUUCCCAACCAAUAAAUUAUGGAAAAACAAUGAUAUCAAUGGGAAUGUUAGCACCAGAUAUGAGAUCUUAUAUAAUUGCAACAACUGAUGGAACAAUAUUUGUUGUUGAUGCUUUAACAGGAUAUAAAAGGCAUAAAGUUGAUAGUUUUCAACAUCGAAAGAUAUCUUCUAUGGCUGUUCUUAAUGAUAAUGUUCAUCUAAUUCUUGGAUUUUAUGAUGGUACACUUCUUAAAAUUACAACUGAAGAGAAUACUGAAGAUUCUGUAGUAGCAAUGUUUACAGCUCAUCAUAGUGCUAUUACAUCUAUUGUUGUUCAAAAAGAAUCAUAUAUAGAUAGAUUUGCAACACUUAAUAAUGAAAAAAUUCAAUUCAAUUGUCUUGAAUUUUUAACUGACUCAAAUGUAUUACUUGUUGGAUCUGCAGAAGGGCAUUUAUUAUUAUUUAAAAUGACUGAUGAGGAGGAGGUAUGUGAAAUAAUGGAAAAAGUUCAUAAACAAUCAGAUUUUGAAAAUGAGGAAUCUUUCCAUGAUAAAACAUUAGAAAAAAUUUGUCGAAUGGAUACGACAGUCUUCGAUUUUGUUCGAGCGAUAGAUAAUUAUAACAAAAAUGGUGGUUUUGAAAGAGAUUAUGAAAUGUAUGGAAAUACUUUUGAUGCUCCUGAUCCUGUAGUUAAAUCAAAUGAUGCAUUUGAACCAAUGCAAAUGUCGAGUGAUGAAGAUUCACAACCGAUGGAUACAGCAUCACCAUUUGUAUCAAAUGAAAAUUCAAUUUCUCAAUCAAAAUUUAGUCCUUCAAAUGUAGAUUCUACAAGUGAUGAUAAAAUUAACUCAAUUCCCCAACAAACUGUCAGUGUAUUUGGAAAUAUUUCUGACUCAGAUGAUGAUUAA